ACAGAGCGAGUUACGAGCUCCAGUGCUGUCUGUGAGGCUUUAAAGGAAAAGAUGAGGGAGGGAGACGCAGUGCAGUACAGUGUGAGGAAGUGUUAUUUCUAAAGCUGAGGUAGGAGGAGGAGGAGGAGGAGGAAAGGGUGCUUCCUCCCAAUCUGCUGAUGUAUCCCAGAAGUCCCGUAGCAACAGGAAUCCUUGGUAUAAAAAGGCGGGGUGCGGGGGGAUCCCUCCUAAGUGUGUUUGUGGCACAGCAUGACCAGGACCGAGAGCCUGAGAGUGUGGACUUAACAAAACCAUGCCCAGCCUAACCACCGAAGAUCUCAACACGGAGCAAGUCAUCAUGGACCAGGAGGACAGGAGGAGAAACAAGAACAUUGGAAAGAACUUCAUGUGCCGACUCCAGUGCAUGUUCUCACACUCGUCGAGCUCUGAGAGGCUAAGUUUAGAAGAUACCCAACAAUGGUCACAGUCACUGGAAAGGCUCCUCGAGUCUAAAUACGGACUGGCUACUUUUCGCACUUUUCUGAAAUCCGAAUACAGCGACGAGAACAUUGAGUUUUGGCUGACGUGUGAGGACUACAAGAAGAUCAAGUCGUCAUUUCGAAUGUCUUCCAGGGCCAAGAAGAUUUAUGAGCAGUUCAUCAAAACAGAGUCUCCUAAAGAGAUCAACAUUGACUACCACACGCGAGAGCAGAUCAAGAGGAAUGUAAAAACUGCCACCAUACACUGUUUUGAUGAUGCUCAGAAGAUUGUCUACGGCCUGAUGGAAAGAGACUCGUACCCGCGGUUCCUCCGGUCGGACAUUUAUAGAACUCUGCUGGAAAACCUCGCCGGUGACGCUACAAAGGGAUGAAAGCAUGGACAACGCGAGAGAGACACGAGCUAAAAUACACAACUGGAAUGUCUGAGCUCCUUCAGGAGGAAGUACUGGAGGCAAAGGAGGAACGAGGACCUCACACCGCGGCAUCGACACCAGAAACACACUGUGACAAAGGCCCAAAACGGGAAGAACCCAACAUGGAGCACAGUGCACCAGAAGAAAACACGAGCAGCGCUAAUGACACUGAACCUGUAGAUGUGUUUGCACUGGAGCAUAAGUCGACAACCUGAACUUUUUUCCUGAGUAACUCAUCAUGGUGGUUGACGCCUGUUCUGACUGCACAGUCACAGUAAGCAAAGAGCACAGCGGCACUCCGGGCCUUCUUUGCAAAGGUGUUUCCUGUGCAGAUAGAUGAUGCAAGAAACGGUUGAUUUUGUGUGUGUGUGUGUGUGUGUGUGUGUGUGUGUGUGUGUGUGUGUGUGUGUGUGUGUGUGUGUGUGUGUGUGUGUGUGUGUGUGUGUGUGUGUGUGUGUGUGUGUGUGUGUGUGUGUGUAACCACUGACACAGAAUAAGCUGUUACAAAAUGACUUUGUGUCUCUUCAGUUAUCUGAUGACCUUUAGCAAAGGCUUACAAAAAGUCCCUUAGUCCUGCAACGGGCCAUCUGGGACACAUUAAUGGAGCACUCCCGCUGUUUGGUCAGUUUUUGAAUAAUACCAACAAUGCACCUGGAGAUCAGCUUCUCUGUAUGCUUUCUUCACCUGCUCAAGUUACCAUACUUUCUGGAGUAUAAGCUUUUUUUUAACUAGUUUGGAAGGUUUCUGUGUAGGCUCUCAGUUGUCCAGGUGGUUUCCAUCUUCCAUCUUCGACUGGACUGGGACUGGACUGGACUCCCAGUCCAGUCGAAGAUUCAAGCUUCUCUACUAGUUUGGAAGGUACUCCAGUGUAGCAUGUGUACCAAAAAAUAGUGUUUGUUAUUAAUAAUUACUAUUUAUAUUAGAGAUUAGAUAAAAAUUUUAUUCCCUUGGAAAGACUCCCCUCAGGGAAAUUGAAAUAUAAGGCUUUCCCAGAAAGAAUGCACUAAAAGAAACUUCAAUAAUAAAAGAACACUAUGAUAAUGCACAAAAAUCCCAAAUUAAAUCAAAUGGACUCACAUUUUUAGUGUUGUGUGUCUAAUACUGUGGGGCAGCAAUCCAUGUUUAUCUGCAUCAAAUACCAUCCAGUAUGUUGUCCAUCACACAUUUAUUUGUCCAUUUUGCUUAUUUCUGCCAUUUAAAAGUACUUAUGUUAUUUAACAGCACAUGCUGUGGUGUGCACAUGUGGGUUCAAUUCACCUUCAGGGAAACGCUGCAUUAAAAGGUGAGCUCCACGUACAGAAAAAAGGUACAACUUAUACUCCAGUGCCACAUAUACUCUGGAAAAUAUUGGAAGUAAAUCAUGUGUGUACAGCCAAUCAAGAGUUGGCAGACAUCCCCCACUGUGUCUAAUCAGGUGCAGGCAGAGCAAGGACAGAUGGGAAAACAUGCAGGAUAGAUGAUCUCCAGGAGGUCAGCAGGUGAACACUUUACCACAGAAGAUACUUUAUGUUGGUGUACGAUCUUUAAAAAAGGAUGCUUCCAAAGCAGAAAAAAGCAGAAAUAUUCAGAAACCAAAGGAAGUCAGAACAGUUGACAUCAAUCGACCCUGUCUCUUCUCAAAGCGUCUACAUGAUCGCGCACUGCAUGCAACACGUCUGACAAUUUUCACUUCCCGAUGCACAAUGCACGCGACUUUCACUUCCCAUAAGUCUCACCCUCAAACUCACCCAAAUGACAAAAAUAAAGAAAAAUCAAGAAAUCAGCCUCUUGACCAGGUGCCGCUAUGUACACGCUUUGAGAUGACAACAUGUUGCAUUUGAAGCCACUAAAGGUGUGUUUACCUUAUCGCAGGAAAAACAUAUUUGAAACGUGCCUCCUCUAAUUGCAUACGGGGUGUGGUGCAUAGCUGUACAUGGAUGUGACAUGCACCAUGGAUUUCUGUGUAAUUAUCAUUCAGGCUUGUUGAACUUGAACAUAGCAUCACGCUUUUCUGAGCACAGCUUAUAUCCACUGUGCAGCAAUUAACAUCAAAGAAGGUGACAAAUUAAAAUGCAACUGUUGUACAAUAAGCAGAGCAGAGUGGUUAAGAAUAGGAUAACCUGCGUACGUUACCAGGGUUCAAUUCCAAGAUGAGCUUCAUGCUACUUGCAGACCCUCGGAAUAUAGGAGUGACCUCGUUUCAGGCUUCGCUGUCUGUAUUCUUGCAGAAGACACUUUAUCUGCAUGGUCCCAGGACACCCAGCUGUAAAUGGGUACUGUCCUUGUCUGUGUAUGUAACCUGUGAUGGAUGGGCAUCCCGUUUAGUGGAAGUUGUAGACUCUUAUCCACAUCAAUCUACUGUAUCAGGAGAUGAGCUAAUACAAAUUUGCUGUUGCAGCCUACAGUUCUGGAAAUUCCAAAGUAAAAGGCCAGUGUUGGAGGUCUUUAUUUAUUUUAUGCCUUACCCUCACUAUGCAAUGACUUGCUUGUCUCUGUGUGUGCAUCUCUCUGUGUCUUCUGUGUCCACAAUAUCUUGAUGAAGUCUGUGUGUAUCAAAGUGAAAUUUGUUCCACAAAGUCACCUUACUAACCCUUUGACAGGUUUGAUGUUUGGCGUACUUUAAUUCUAAUUGUGGCCACCAGGGGGUUGAGUAUCUAAAGCCUAAUGUGAGAACUCUACAAGGUCUCUGUGAAUCGUGAUCAAACCUGGUACUAUAGAUUAUAUCUUGCAUGGACCUUGCACAAGUUUGAGGUUGGGUCUCUGUGACUCAGGUUAGGGUCAGUAUUGCUGUUGUUUUACUGUAAGACAAAGUUGUGGCGACAAUGUGUGUCGCUAUUGCCAAUCGUUCUUAUACAGUGGAAAAUACUAACACACAUAAUCUAAUGUACAUAAUAUAGAAGUGUAGUUUUUCCACUUUAACGUAAACACACCAACAGAGCUUCCAGUAAGCACACUGAGUUGUAUGUAAAUUAACCAAUAAGUAUGUUAAAUUAUAAUUUAUAAUGUAGAUAUCAAUGGUACAUGACACUGACCACUGGCUUUUUGUUGCAAAAAAGCCAAAAAUGUUUAACUUUAAAAGCACUAAAAUUAUAGGAAGAGUUGUGAUUUUGUUUUCUUUUGUGUUGUAAAAAGUGAGUGAAAUUAUUAAAAGAAAUAUGAUGUUUCACAUUGCAUGAUAGGCUAAUAACAUUCCUUUAUAUAGUCCGAGAGUAGAAACAAAAAUUUAAUUUUCAAAGCACGUGGUUUGAAUGUAUUAAAUGUAUUAUUAUAGGAGCUCAUAAAUGAAUUAUUAGGUAGUUUAUAAGUUAAACAAUGUGUUAUUUAUUGCUUAUCAUCACAGUUACAGUAUGUAUGUUGCAUUGUUGAAGUGUUGUUACGUUAGUGACUUAAAUGACAUUAAAUUAUUUUAACUGCC